AUGGCUCCGAGGAAUGAAAUCUUGGCCAAGUACGGCCGCCCCAACCUUCCAUGGCACAUUAAGGCCCAGAUGAUGGGCCGCCCAGGUAUGGAGGCCGGCAUGAUUUAUUGGGCCUGGGCUGAGCUGACCAUUACACCCGAGGAGCACGCCGCGGAGCUGGCCGCGCACCAGCGGGAGAUAUUCCCGUCUGCCGCGCCCCUGCCCGGCGUGGAGAAGCUCCUUGGCGACCUCUCCGACACCCACCAGGGCGGCGGUGGCGGCGGCCACAGGGUGCACCUUGCGCUCGCCACGUCGUCGAGCCGGGCCAGCCUCCCGCUCAAGACGUCGCACCUGCCGCCGACCCUUUUCGCCGCCUUUGAGGUGGUGGUGGCGGGCGACGACGAGCGCGUGUCUGCCGACCGCGGCAAGCCGCUGCCCAACAUCAGCAUCUACCUGGCGGCGCUGCGGGGGCUCAACGAGUCACUGCUGCCGCUCAUCGACGACGACGACGGGGAGGAGCACGUCCAGGGCGUCGAGGCGGCCCGCCGCGCCGGCAUGCGCGGCGUCUGGUGCCCCCACCCGAUGUUGGAGCGCGAGCUCGGCGGCGUCGGCGGGCACGCCGAGGUGCUGGCGGGCCUGACGGGCGCCGCUGGCGCAGAUUUUGAGGCAAACACGCUCGGCGAGAUCGGAGACGGCUGGGGCGAGUACCUGCCCUCGCUCGAGAAUUUCCCGUUUGCCAAGUACGGCAUCGUCUUGGCUGAGAAGGAUACUUCUCCCUCGGAGGAAUCCGGUGUCACCGUGCAAGACUUCGAAUUUGCCAGAAUGUUAUACGGCUGCCUAUCGAAAGUAGCUGCCAAGCAAAUAUGCGUGGCAAACACCAACGACGCUUCAAAGCCCAUCUAG